AUGCUGAUCGACUUCGAGCGCGCAUUCGUCUUUCUGUCGACAGUCAGCCUCCCGCGACUUCUGUCAUCACCUACACUCGCCAACAUGGACAGCCUUGACACCCCCUUUAUAAUCGAGCUAAACGGCUCGCCUAUCGCAAGCGUAGGCAACAGCGUUGAAGACAGGAUUCAAGCAAAAAUUGGAUCUGAAGCAGCUGUCUUCACCCUCCAGGACGGCCGUUUGCGACAAGGAGACUGGAUAUUGGGAAGGAAUUCGACAGAGAAUAGAAGCAUGCUGCCGAAGGAAAUUUAUUGGUUUAAGUCCAGCGCGGAUGGUGAGAAGAAAGUGUCACCCGUCGCCGCUCAUCAAGAUGGCGACUCCAUUCUGCUCAAGUUCAAUGGCUCCUCAUUGAUGCUGGACGAUGAUAGAAUAUUUGCAGACCUUCUAGGAGAUGACCAGACAAAGGUUGUGGUGAAGCUGCAAUCUUAA